CCGGUUUCUACUGGAUUGAUUUGAACAAGUCGAUAUGCACUUUAAAAAAAAAAGUUAAUUUGUUAAAACACUUUACAAAAACCAAAAGUGUUACCAUUUUGUGAAUUAUCGGAGUGGAUGUAGCAAUUUACGUGUGCGACUAGUUGUGGUCGAGGGCACUCUUAGAUUUACGUCUAACUUUACUCGUAAUUUACGUUUACACUUCUUUGUGAAAUGCUCUUCAGUCGUAGAUUUACGUUUACGUGCAAAACGUAGCUUAUCCAUGACACCAUUACAUUAUGUUUACUGGUGUGUGUCCGACGUCAGAGUAGAAUAGCCUAUCAAUAGUAUCAUGGAAUUUUCAACUCCAUUGGUAUUUUUCGUCAACGGCCAGAAAGUAAGUUUAUUACUUCAUUCAUUUCAGAUUAUUUUAGUGCUUCUAUCCAAUAUUAAGGUUCAAGCACGCUGUCAUGGAUACACAGCUAUCUGCUGAGCUGUAUUUUCAGAUUGUGGAAAACAAUGCUGACCCAGACGAAACACUGCUGCAUUAUCUACGCAAUCGCCUUCAUCUGACUGGUUCGAAGCUCGGGUGUGGAGAAGGAGGAUGUGGCGCCUGCACGGUGAUGGUAUCCAGAUAUGACAAACACAGAGAGACCAGAUUCUCCACCUAUCAGUUAAUGCUUGUCUGGCACCAAUCUGUUCUCUACACGGCAUGGCGGUCACCACGGUGGAGGGGAUUGGUAGCACCAAGACCAGGCUACAUCCAGUUCAGGAACAACUGGCCAAUGCUCAUGGUACUCAGUGUGGAUUCUGUACCCCGGGAAUCGUCAUGUCCAUGUACACUCUUCUGAGAAACAACCCCAGACCUACACAGAAAGAGAUGGAGUCGUACUUCGAUGGAAAUCUUUGUCGAUGUACAGGGUAUAGACCUAUACUGCAAGGAUUCCAGUCUUUCACAAAGGAUGCUUGUCCAAUGGGUGUUAACUGCUGUAUGAAUAAGAAAAAGGGUAGCGAGCCGGUAACAAAUAACACAGAUGGAAUGGUGAAUGGUGUAGCUAAUGGAGAAGCUGAUGAAAUUAGUCUGCUGUAUGAUCCUUCACAGGAACCAAUUUUCCCCCCAGAACUGAAGGUCAGUGCACACCUCUACAAUAUACCAUUGAAGUUCUGUAAUUCGUCAAGCACAUGGUUUAGACCGACCUCCUUGGACGAACUGUUAGAACUGAAGAAGCUCCAUCCUAAUGCCAGACUAGUUGUGGGAAACACUGAACUAGGAAUAGAGAAAAGGUUUAAGAACGCCGAGUUUCCAGUUCUGAUAUGUACAACACACAUUGAAGCACUGAAUGAUGUACGGCUGGAAGAACAUGGGUUAGUGAUUGGUGCAUCCGUCACUCUGUCCCGGAUACAAGAAGCCGUGCAGAGUGCUGUUGACAGUUUACCAGAAUGGAAAACUCGUAUAUUUGCUGCUUUCGUGGACAUGCUACAGUGGUUUGGCAGUCACCAGAUCCGAAAUGUUGCAGCGAUUGGUGGAAACAUAAUGACUGCCAGCCCAAUUUCUGAUCUGGUUCCACUUCUAAUGGCAGCUGGAGCAGAACUAUAUGUAAUGUCUAAGGACAACAAGCCCAGAAAUGUGAAAAUGGAUCACACCUUCUUGAAAGGCUACAGAAAAACAGAUCUGAAUCCAGAAGAAAUUUUGAUACAAGUGAAAGUUCCAUGCAGCAAUGAGCAAGAACAUUUUUAUGGCUAUAAAGUAGCCAACAGAAAGGAUGAUGACAUUGCUAUUGUUAGUGCUGGUUUGGACGUGCAGUUUCAGAAGGGAACAGAUGUGAUUGAGAACAUUUCCUGUGCCUAUGGAGGCAUGGCACCCACAACUGUCAUGGCACUAAAAACAAUGGCAGCACUUGUAGGAAGUCACUGGGAUGAGUCAAUGCUUGCCAUGGCAUGUAAACAUUUGGCAGCUGACUUGCCACUUUCCCCUGGUGCUCCUGGUGGAAUGGCGGUGUUUCGUAAAACAUUGACAACAAGCUUCUUCUUCAAGUUUUUCAUCACAGUCAAGACAAAACUCAUUGAGGAAGGGAUAAUAACCGAGAUUUUGUCGCCUGAAGAAAGCGUCAUUUCCCUUGGUCCAAGAGCAUGCACAAAGGGAAUACAAGUGUUUGAGGAGCACACUAAAGAAUCUCCAGUAGAUAUUGUUGGUCAUCCUGUAUCUCACAAUUCUGCACAACAACAAACAACUGGAGAAGCAGUGUAUGUUGACGACAUGAAAAAGCUACAAGAUGAAUUGAAUAUUGCGUUUGUAUUGAGCACCAAAGCUCGGGCCAAGAUUCUUAGUGUUGAUAUAAGUGAUGCCUUACAAAUGCCAGGAGUGAAGGAUUAUCUCUGCGCUAAAGAUGUCCCUGGGGAAAACUAUUUUGUAUUUGCGGAAUCGGAGAAAGAAGAAAUAUUUGCAACUAACGAGGUUCAUUGCCAAGGACAAAUUAUUGGUGGUAUCGUAGCUGACACAAAAGAGCAUGCACAGAAGGCAACAAAAAAGGUCAAAGUUGAAUAUGAAGAAAUGAAGCCCAUCAUAACUAUUGAGGAGGCCAUUGCAAGCAACUCUUUUGAUGGUCAAACAGUUUGUAUGGGACAAGGUGACACAGAGGCAGGUUUCGCCAAGUCCGACCACGUGAUCGAGGGGGAAGUACGAGUAGGUGCCCAGGAACAUUUUUACCUGGAGACGUUUACACACAGAGUGAUUCCAAAGAAUGAAGAUGGCUGCAUCGAGAUUUAUUCAAGCACACAGACAAUAAACAAUAUACAGCUUCAAAUGGCAAGAGUUUUGGGUGUUAAGGCUAACCGUGUUGUUGUAAAAGUGAAAAGGAUUGGAGGAGGGUUUGGUGGAAAGGCGACGAGACCAAUCUCAACCGCCUUGCCAGCAGCAGUAGCAGCUGUUAAACUGAACUGCCCAGUACGUACUGAUUUGGACAGGGAUGAAGAUAUGAUUAUUACAGGAACGAGAAACCCUUUCCUUGGAAGAUACAAAGUGGGAUUCACGUCUGAGGGCAAGAUUCUUUCUCUAGAUGUUCACUUGUACCUGAAUUCUGGAAUAGCUGCCGACGUUUCACAGACCGUGUUAUUGAGGGCUGCUACUCAUUGUGAUAAUGCUUAUAGUAUACCAAACCUCAAGGUUACCGGACGCCUGUGUAAGACAAACAUAGCACCACGAACUGCAUUCCGGGGAUUCGGUGGACCUCAGUCGUACUUCAUUGCAGAGACUUGGAUAAGCCACGUUGCAGAUGUCUUGGGAAAACCACAGAAAGAGAUUCGGGAACUCAACAUGUACAAAGACAGUGGCGUUAAAUUCUUUAAGCAACCACUUGAUGGAUGUAACCUGACACGUAUAUGGCAAGAGGUACAAGAGAAGUCUAAUUAUGAAUCACGGAGAAAGACGGUGGAUGAAUUCAACAGGUAAUUUAAUUGUUCAGUACCAUUGGUGGUUAUUGUUAAGUUUAGAAAUGAGUAUGUGAAGGAAUACUAUGUAAAUGACUAUUGUAAAUAACAAUACGGUAUGUGUAGUAUGGGCGAACAAGUUAUAGGAUAGGAUUAACAGUACACUGUAUCCCUGAAAUUAACACGUUUAUGUAAAAAAAAUCCAUUGUGAUACCCUUUUGUCGAGUUGGACAAGGUCCCCUUUAUCCGAUAGUGCCCCCAACCGGAAAUAUUUCCUGGCUCCGCCCGUGU